AUGGAGUCCGCAGAGUUUCCUCAGUUUCAGGAGAAGCUGUCGUCCAAUCUAGUUCAGGUGACUCGUACCGUUGGCCAACUGGCUGCAGAGGACCUGAACUUCCAGCGCACCUCCGGCGCGGACUUUGCAGAUUCGCUUGACGAACAGAGCGACCGGAUCCUUACUUUGGUUUCGGCCGUCCUCAAAGCUGCGACUGCUGGGUCGGAUCUCGCCAACCCGGCCUUGCCUAAUGAGGACUCAUUGGAAGACAACUGGCGCGGCGUGGUGGACGUGAUUGAUUCAUUGCUGGAGAAGACGGAUGCGUGUUUGGAUGAGUUCACCGGCGUGAUCAAGCGACUGAGCCCAUCGCACGAGGAGCAACCCGCCGCUCCCAAGAAAGAAUCGAAGUUUUUUCCGAGUAUCUAUGACAAUGGACCGUCGAAGAUCCCGAAGCCGCAACUGAAGUUCCCUCGCAAGCCCGACAAUUCGGGACAGACUCCGUUCUACCCUCUCUUGCAAACCAAACCGAAUGCCAGGAUCCCCUUGGACCAGACCCUGUCAAACCCCAAAAAAUUCGACGGCAAGCUUGGAUGGCCCCACCCUUACGAGGACGAGAUUCGCGCCUCCCAAUACCCCAAACGUACCUACGAAACCUCCCCUCCAGUCGAUUACCUACCGUUCGACACUACGACAGCUACAUUUGUGGAUAGUGUGGAUGGUGUCAAGGCCAUGCUCUCAGAGUUGAAGGCUGCGAAAGAGAUUGCCGUUGAUCUGGAACACCACGACGUCCACUCCUACCAUGGCUUGGUGUCGCUGAUGCAAAUCAGCACCCGGGAGAAGGACUGGGUAGUCGAUACUCUCCAGCCAUGGAGAGAAGAACUUCAAAUGCUGAAUGAGGUCUUUACGGACCCCAAGAUUCUGAAGGUGUUUCACGGUGCUGCCAUGGAUAUUGUCUGGCUGCAGCGCGAUCUCGGCUUGUACGUUGUUGGCCUGUUCGACACUUUCCAUGCUGCAUCUGCUCUCGGCUACCCGAAACGAAGCUUGAAAAUUCUUCUACAAAAGUUCGUCAACUUUGAAGCCGACAAACGCUAUCAAACGGCCGACUGGCGCAUUCGCCCUCUUACGGAUGAAAUGUUCAACUACGCCCGGUCUGAUACCCACUAUCUACUCUACAUCUACGACUGUCUACGAAACGAACUUAUUGCGUCGUCGGAGCCGAAUAACAGUCUUGUUGACUACGUUCUCGAACACUCCAAAAACGAAGCCCUGCAGCGAUACGAGCGCCCCGUCUAUGACGCAGAAAAAGGACAAGGGCCAGGAGGCUGGUAUGAUCUGCUUUCACGGAAUGCGGGAGUCCUUUCCAAAGAGCAAUUUGCUGUAUUCAAGGCCAUUCACCAAUGGCGCGAUGAGGUUGCUCGAGAGGAGGACGAAGGCUGGCAGUGCGUCUUCCCCAAGGCCAUUCUCUUCAAGGUUGCCUACACCAUGCCUCUCGACAUUGGGUCACUGUACCGAACGCUGGCCCCCGUGACUCCCCUCACCAAAGCCCGCGCUGGCAGUCUUUUAGAAACCAUCAAGGCGGCCAAGGCCGCUGGUGUCAACGGGCCAGAGUGGCGCGAUGUACCAGCACCUCCGAGACGGCCACGCGCCUUACCUGUGAACACGGAGGAUGUCGCAGUCCCCAAUGCCGGGCGCCUCGAGACAUCUCAGUUUUGGGGCAACACCCUUGGCGUGCAGGAACAGCGAGCCCCUCUUUCACACGCCCUGGUCGCAGCAGCUGAGGCGCUUCGAAUCUCCAUUCCCUUGCCGCGUAUGCCUGCCGCUGCCUCUGAUACUCGCGAGAAGUUCGGCGCCGCUCCGUUUCCCCCCGCUGCGUCUGUCACCGCUGCCCCUGCCUCUGCCCCUGCUCCUGCCCUGGCACCGACACCGGCACCAGCUCCCAAGGCAGAGGAGGAGAAGAAUGUCUUCACCGUCAAAGAACUUGGUGGCCCUCGCAAGCGCAAGGUUACUCCGGUCGAAUCUUCAGCGCCAGCAGCGUCCGCUGCGGAUGACUAUGAAGAGAAAUUGAGGGAGAAGAAGGAACACAAAAAGGCGCGCAAGGAAGAAAAGAAGGCCGCGAAGGCUGCUGCCAAGACCCAAGCUGCGGAGGCUGUGCCAUUUGAUUACAACGCUGCGACAUCGGUCCUCAAUGCUCCAUCCACAGCUGUUCCGGGUGCUUCCAAGCCUACGAAGGCAUUCAACCCUUACGCCAAGGCGCUGGAAGCGCCCUCGGGUGUGCGCAAGCAAAAGAAGGAGAUUCCCGGAAAGUCUCUCACUUUCCGGGACUAG